GAAUACUAUUUGACGCUCGUGGCCCACAAAACCAAUACAGAUCUCGUGGCCCAGUCUACAUUGGCUGUAGUCUCUAUGUAGAUGACGAAGUCGAAACAAAGAAAAUGGUGGACAGAGACUGAAGCUACAAAAUAUAGAGUUAAAGAAGGAUUGAAAAUUAAAACUCGUGAUUGUGAAUCAUACUGAACGAAAGUUAAUGACUGAAUUUAAAAACAGAAAAAUACCAGAAUAUCAACUUCUCUGCUAACUGAGUAAAGAAACGUAAUGUAUUUUCGAAACGAACUACGUCAUCACGUGAGUUACUUCCUGGUUAUUUGUCUCUGCAGUGUCGCCGUUUACUCAGGUGCCAAGAACCGUAAGCAGAUGAUGUGUAGUUUCUCAGGUAAGUCGUACAGCCGUGGGGACAACUGGUAUCACCUGGCGGAUAAUCCCAAAGGACCAAUUUGUCUAGCUUGCCAUUGUCAUGAGAAUGGCCAAGUCAACUGCACUACAAACAAGUGUGGAACAGAACUAUGUUCUUAUGAGGAUAAUAUCGAUGAAAAAUGUUGUAAAAAAUGUACUGCAGACAUGGAGACUGAAGACGCCGGCACUCACGAACAUAUGCUUGGGACGUUCACUUUCACAAACAAAAGAGGCAACUCAAGAAAUGAUUGUUUAUCUGGAGGUCAGAUCUAUUCUCAGGGCGCCACGUGGCACCCUGUGAUUGGCCCGCUUGGACGAAUGGACUGCGUUGUAUGCAAAUGUCAGCUAGGUAAAGUGGUAUGUAGUCGACUGAGCUGUAAAGAAACCAAAACCUCUUUAUGUGCUAAAGUAACUCAUGUCCUAGGACACUGUUGUCCUAUUUGUGUUAGUGAAGAAACUGAGAUCCCAAAAGAAACACCCAGUUUUAAAGAAGUACAGAAGCAAAAUCCUCUUGUCAAUAAGACGUCAGAGAAGAAUUGCAUUCCAAGACAAAUGGAUACCCUCGUCUUUAGAAGCCAAGGUAUCAACCAACUCAGUGGCUACUACCAAUAUGCAUUUCGGACAGUGAAUAACCAUAGGUUUAUCCGGUUAUUGUUCUGGAUGGUUAAAGCUGAGAAAAUGACGGAUUUUUCUGAGCAGCACCUUUCAAAGAGCGAAUUUGGUGUUUUGAAAACUAAGUUUACAUUUACACUUCUGGGAGCCACCAAAACAAAGUUGAUGGACAGGUUCAUCAAGAAAUCCAAGAAGUUGGCAGGUCGUUGCACAAGCAGUUGCCACGGCGAAAUAGCAAGAAUGGAAAAUGUUCUCCGUCUUAAAGAAAUUUCUCGAAAACCUCGGUGUUCAAAGCGGGAAAAACCUUUCGAAAUGUAAAUUCUGUUGCACCUAAUCGAUGUUUUUAUAAUUCACUUAAGCAGUAAAAAUAAGCUUUUCACUUACGAAAAGACUGCCUAGAUUUAACUUAAGAGUUUAACUCAAAAAAUAACAAGAAUGUGACCCAAUUAUGUUUAGCCUCCAGCCAUCACCUAGACAUCUUGACCGUAAAAGAACCACUCAUUAGUAAUAAUGCACGUUAAGCACGUAGCACAAUUACAACACUAAUCAGCACACUCAUUAAUUAUCCUCUGCUAUGCUCUAAAUAUCUGUGGCACUUAAAUUUGUCAGAUAUUUCAGAUUAAGUGGUAACGAAAUGUUAUUAUUGGUUUGUAAAUUCAAACUCAACAAUUUUAACACACACACACACACAAAAUUAAAGCUUACAGAAUUGUAAAACAUCAAAUAAAAUUACAACUUUUACAUUCACUUUCCAUACAAAAUUUGUUGCUUUUUUGUGUAUUGUUAAAAGUAACUACUCUCAACUUAAAACAAAUUCUAUGAAAAUCUAAGUUUAAGAUUACCAAGCACAAAUCCUCAAUAAUGAUACGUAAGCUGCAUCCGGGGCCAAACUGCAAGAGAAUUGUAAGUGUAGGAUAAAUAUCCUUGGGUUGCUUAUGUGACGUACGUUGUUCUGAUAACAGGAGUUGGAGUAAUGUUACUGUGAAGGUUCAUACAAUUGUCGUAGAAAGUUUUACUACCUUGAUUGCUUUGCGCAGAGUAAAAUAAAACUAUUGUGAAUUAGGAUAACUAUUUACUAGUGCCAGUGGAGAAACAAAUGCUGUGUAACUUAAUGCAGUUGGUUCAGAUUGAAUAAGUUAUCAUUAGUUUUCUUAUAAUUUAAAAUCAGAAUAUUUAUUAUAAAAAUUGUCUAUCAUAAAUGGUUUGUUUGUUGUUG